AUGGAGUUCACCGUUGCUUCUUUAUCUGGUCAAGAAUUGGCAACUGGUCUUGCACAGACUGAAACAAAGCAAACCCCCAAACCUGCAAAUCAAAUUAAGGCCCCGCUUAGUAAUCCCCAAGUUAAGAAUCCCCAGGUUACAAGAACACCCAACUAUGAUGGAUCAACUCCAGUGAGGAAAGAAGAGGAAUCGGCCUUUUGGAAAAUAAGCAUGGAGCGAUCUAGAGUUGAAGGCUCACAGUCUGAAUUUCAGUCCUUAACACCAAGCCAGAUAAAGUCCUUAGAAAAAGGAGAGAAACCACUUCCUGUCUAUUAUAGGCAAGAUUCCUUCCCGAAGGAAAAGGAAGUAUCCAAACCUGAGAAACCUGAGAAAUCAACACUGUUGACUGAAAAGCCAGCUGUAAUUACCAAACAGCCAAAGACUACCAUUCCAAGUGUCAUCUCUUUGGAGAAUCCGAGGCCAAGCCAAUCUUCUGUCAGCACUCUGGAUGAUGUCUUUCUCCCAGACCCAGUGGAACCAGUGACUAAAACCAGAAAGGAACCUGAAAACAAUGAACCUCAACUAUUUUCACAGAUCAAUACCAGCAGUGCUCUCUUGAAGACGGGAUUUGAUUUUCUUGACAACUGGUAACUACAGUCAGUGCUGCUGUCCGACCCAUCGGAGUCCAGUGCAAAUUGUUUCCAUGUAACCUGCAAAUUCUUGCCUUCCUAGACAGCUUUUUGUAAAAUGUAUGCAUUAUUUUAUAUCAUUUUGUGAAGUAUUUGUUAGGUAAGAUUUUAUGUAUUGUUUUUGCAAAGUCAAGCUCUUUUAAAAGGUGCCUAAACUAUUCUACCUUCUUAAGCCCAACUUUUUGAACGGUAAUUGAGAAAAUCAUUUUGUGGCAUUUUAUUUACUAUUACCCUUAAAGGGAAGCUAAAAUCAAAAUUGCCUGUUACUACCCAC